AUGGGGUACUGGGAUGUCCCGGAGGGUACAGAUUGUGUCGAGAAAACAUGGAUCACCACCAAACUGGGCACAGCUUUAGGCCUGGUGGGCUCGGCCUAUCACAUCGUGGCGUUCCAGCCUGAGUCUGCGUUGGUGGCGCUGCAGAGGGCCACCGGCGCCACGGUGACCAUGGCCUCCAUGGGAGCCAUCUUUGGAAUGGCGACGUGUCUGAGCGCUCAGGCCCGCGACGCCCCGGACGACCCCCUGAACUAUUUCAUAGGAGGCUGUGCUUCAGGGGUCUUCCUGGGAGCCAGA